CCGGCCCCGGGAGGAACUUUCGUCCUUCCAGUCACACGCCGGUUAGGCAGUGGGGCCGGGACUUUUCACCACCGUAUCCAGAAGUUGAUUGCUGGAGCAGCUACUGCCGUUGGGCUGGUGCGCGUCGGGGGCUCCCGCUGAUCGGGUUCUUUCCCCCGCGCGUGGGACGGCGAUGAAGCUGAGCCGGCAGUUCACGAUAUUUGGCAGCGCGAUCUUCUGCGUGGUGAUCUUCUCGCUCUACCUGAUGCUGGAUCGGGGCCACUUGGACAACCCCAAGAACCACCGCCGGGAAGGCUCUUUCCCGCAGGGUCAGCUUUCAAUACUGCAAGAGAAAAUAGACCACUUGGAACGGUUGCUGGCAGAAAAUAAUGAAAUUAUUUCAAACAUAAGAGAUUCUGUGAUCAAUUUGAGUGAAUCUGUCAAAGAUGGACAACAUAGUCCAGAAGUGAUAAACUUCAAUCAAGGAAAUUUUUCAGAAGUAUUGCCUCUUGGCACUGCAUAUCUAUCAGUUGAGCCUGAAGAUUGUCAGUUUGCUUCAAAAAUUGGAAGCCAAGCAUCAGAUGUUCAAAUGCUGAAAGUCUAUGACAUCCUUCCUUUUGAUAAUCCAGAUGGUGGAGUUUGGAAACAAGGAUUUGAUAUAACUUAUGAUGAACAUGAGUGGGAUGGUGAACCUCUUCAAGUUUUUGUUGUGCCUCACUCACAUAACGACCCAGGUUGGCUGAAGACAUUUGAUGACUACUUCAGAGAUCAGACACAACACAUUCUCAAUAACAUGGUUAUUAAACUUCAAGAAGACAAAGGAAGGAAAUUUAUGUGGUCUGAAAUCUCUUAUUUUUCAAAGUGGUGGGAUGGAAUAGAUAGUCAGAAGAAGGAUGCUGUGAAAAGGUUAAUAGAAGAUGGCCAGUUUGAAAUAGUAACAGGAGGUUGGGUCAUGCCUGAUGAAGCUUCUGCCCAUUAUUUUGCUUUAAUUGACCAAUUGAUAGAAGGACAUCAGUGGCUAGAGAAAGCUCUAGGAGUAAAGCCAAAAUCUGGCUGGGCAAUUGAUCCAUUUGGACAUUCACCAACUAUGGCUUAUCUUCUGAAACGUGCUGGAUUUUCCAACAUGCUUAUACAGAGAGUUCAUUAUUCAGUUAAAAAACAUCUUGCAACCCAGAAGGCACUAGAAUUUUUUUGGAGACAGAAUUGGGAUUUGGGAUCUGAUACAGAUAUUCUCUGCCACAUGAUGCCUUUCUAUAGCUAUGAUGUUCCUCACACUUGUGGACCAGACCCUAAAAUCUGCUGCCAGUUUGAUUUUAAGCGACUUCCUGGAGGAAGAGUUAGUUGCCCCUGGAGAGUUCCUCCUGAAGCUAUUCAUGCAGGAAACAUUCAACACAGGGCAUGGAUGAUAUUAGAUCAGUACAGAAAGAAGUCAAAGCUUUUUCGUACCAAAAUUUUAUUGGCUCCUCUAGGAGAUGAUUUCCGCUAUACUGAAAGUUCAGAGUGGGAUCAGCAAUAUCAGAAUUAUCAGAAGCUGUUUGAUUAUAUGAAUUCUCAUCCUGAAUUCCAUGUCAAGGCUCAGUUUGGAACGUUAUCAGAUUAUUUUGAGGCGCUGCAAAAAGCUGGUAAAUUGGAUGAAAAGAGCAGUAAUUCAGUGUUCCCUGUUUUGAGUGGAGAUUUCUUCACCUAUGCAGACAGAGAUCAUCAUUACUGGAGUGGAUAUUUUACAUCGCGACCUUUCUACAAGCGCUUAGAUAGAAUUCUAGAAUCGUAUUUAAGGGCUGCAGAAAUUCUAUAUUCUUUGGCUGUGCUACAAUCCAAAAGGUUUGAGAAAACAAAAAUAUUUCCUUCUGUAGACUAUUACAGAUUGCUGACAGAGGCCAGAAGAAAUCUGGGACUUUUUCAGCAUCAUGAUGCCAUCACAGGAACUUCAAAAGAUUGGGUAGUGGUAGAUUAUGGUACAAGGCUUUUCCAUUCAUUAAUGAACUUGAAGGAGAUCAUCACUGAAUCUGCUCACAUUCUUAUUCUAAAGGACCAAGAAAUGUACAGCUACAACCCAGCAACACCAUUCUUUAAAAUGGAUGUUACUCAGUCUUCACAAGAGACUCUGCCCCAUAAGACUGUCAUACAGCUGGGAAAACAGCCAAGGUACCUUGUGAUUUAUAAUCCUGUAGAACAAGAACGCGCAUCAGUGGUUUCAGUCUAUGUGAAUACGCCUAGAGUUAAAGUACUCUCUCCAUCUGGAAGAGCAGUUGUGGUUCAACUUAGUGCAGUAUGGGAUGGAACAUCUAAAAUAUCACAUGAUGCAUACCAGAUCUCUUUCUUGGCUCAUCUACCUCCUUUGGGUUUUGGAGUUUAUGAGCUUCUAGAGGGACUGAAUACAGAAACUGCACUGGCUGAUUAUAAUCUAUAUCAUAAUGAUAAAGCUAAGUUAGUCAAGCCAUACAGAAUUUUUACUGUUAAAGAGGUACAGAAUGCUUUGGAUGAGAUCAUGUUAGAGAACUUUUACAUGAAAAUCUGGUUCUCUGGGAAUUCUGGACUUGUCGAGAAAGUAAAUACGAAAGAAGAUAAUAAAAAUUACAGGGUAAAGUUGGAGUUUGCUUGGUAUGGAACUACAAGUAACAGAGACAAAAGUGGAGCUUAUCUCUUCUUGCCAGAUGGAGAGGGCAAGCCUUAUAUUUUUUCUGAUCCACCUAUCAUUCGAGUGACACAUGGGAGAAUUUUUUCUGAAGUUACUACUUUUUUCAGUCAUGUGACUCACACUGUACGACUUUAUAAAGUUCAUGGGUUAGAAGGUCAGUCUCUUGAGAUAUCCAAUAUUGUGGACAUAAGAGGAGAAUACAAUCGUGAGAUUGCAAUGAGAAUUUCAUCUGAUGUAGAAAGCCAUAACAAAUUUUAUACUGACCUCAAUGGAUACCAGAUUCAGCCUAGACAGACAAUGAGCAAAUUGCCUCUUCAAGCAAAUUUUUAUCCAAUGACUGCAAUGGCUUAUAUACAAGAUAGCAAGAUUCGCAUGACCCUUCAUUCUGCUCAGUCUCUUGGAAUCGCAAGUUUAAAAAGUGGCCAGUUAGAGGUUAUCAUGGAUCGUCGACUUAUGCAGGAUGACAAUCGAGGUUUAGGUCAAGGUGUACAGGACAACAAAAUAACGGCUAAUCUAUUUCGACUUCUGUUGGAGAAAAGAAAGGAAGUAAAUAUGAAAGAAGAAACGUCACCUGUCAGCUAUCCUUCUAUACUUAGUCACGUAACAUCAUCUUUUAUAAAUCAUCCCGUGAUUCCAAUGAUUACUUCUGCAGGCGCUGUUAUCCCUUCACUUUUGAAUACCUUUUCUCCCUUAAUUUCAUCUAUGCCAUGUGAUAUGCAUGUAGUUAACCUGAGGACAAUACAGUCAAAGGCAGAUUCGGGACCAUCUGAUGAAGCUGCCUUGAUUCUUCACAGAAAGGGAUUUGAUUGUAGGUUCACAAGCACAGACUUAGGGCUCCUCUGUUCAACCACUCAGGGAAAGUUAAAGGUGCACAAACUCUUUAACAAAUUCCAUGUGGAAAGUCUAAUAUCUACAUCCCUGUCUUUGAUGCAUUCAUCUCCAGAUGCCCGAAACAUCAGUGAGAUUAGUAUGAGUCCUAUGGAAAUUAACACAUACAGAAUUCAGUUAAGAUGAAAAUUGGCUUUUGGACUUGGACACUAAAGGAGAAUCUACAACUCUGUGUCUUCUCAAAGAUCGAUGUGCAAUAAGAAGCACAUUUUUAUUCCAGCUUCUCGAUACUGUGACAAUACAUUCAUUUUAAAAUCUAUUUGAUCUUAAAUGCCAUAAAAGCCAUGAUGCAAACAGUUUUUCUUGUUCUCUAAUAAAAUGCCAACACCAGUAUACAUGAAUACAAGAACUGAGGGAGAAACAAAGGAUUUUAUCUCUCAUCAACAAAGUUAAUCUCAGGUUAAAUAUUAGUUUAUGACUUCUAAGUUCAUAAUUUGUAUCUGAAAGGGAGGUAACACUGAAUUUAAAUUGUUUUCUGAUCCCUAGCUGACUCUUAAAUACAUACAUUGUUGAAAUCGCAGUUUGAGAUUGAAUCUGAAAAUUCUCUGGCGAAGCUAUUGUCCAAAUACUUGUAAAGACUUCUAUAAAAUACUAUUUCAGCUUUCUGCAUUUAUCCCACUCUAUCUAAGCCUAGAGUGAAAUCCAAGAACCUUUGAGAAAUGUGGAAGAUUUUAAUUAUGUUAGACAACCAUCUUGAACUGCUGAACUUAAAAUUCUGGAAUUCUUCAUCUUUCUUGGAAAAUAUUUUAAAUCUGUUUUGUUACUUGACACAUUGGGAUACGUGCAAUUACUCCAAUAUACAGAAUAAGGAAGAUGGAAGUCUGAGUACAAGUUUUUUUACCGAAUACUUGGAUACUAAUGCUCUCUGAAAUGUGUUUUCUAUUUCAAUUUAACCUUAUCAAAAUAAAUGUGCCUUAUUUUUUUGUAUAAGUGUUGUUAUUUUUUAUGUGUCCAUACAGUGUUUUGUUUUUCAAGAAACAGGGCAAUUUGGGGGUUAGCAACUAAAAGAAUCUGUACCUUUUAUUUGACAGUAAUGGCCACAUUCUGAUCUCCUGCAGCAAAUGUGACCUAAUGGUGCUCUGAACACUAUGAAUGUACAAAAAUAAGCUUAUAAAACGAAUGAAUAAAAGACUAAAAGUAAUCAUUUGCUGGCAAAUAAACAGACAUUUGAAGGCUGGCAGAAACUUGCCAUGUGCAUUACAGCAUCAUGUGCCUCUCUUUAAAAUACUGUUGGACAAACUCAGUAUUCAUGGUUAUGUAGCCAAUUUGGUUUCUUUGCAUCAAGCAUUUUAUGUUAAAUUCGUGAAGACAUGCGGGUUGAAAAUUUUCACCUCUCUAAAUAAAGCUUUUGUUUGCAAAUUCAAUUAUUUAAGGCUGCAGUCAUAUAAAAUCAUUGAAAAGGUGAGCAAUCUGGUACCUUCUGGGUAUUUUAGACUUCAGCUGCUGUCAGUCCCAUUGAACAAAUCAAACAACAGGAGGUUGUGUGGAAGUUGUAGUCCAGAAUAUCUAAAAGGCAUCAGGUUGCUGCCUUUUGCUGUAUGAACUUUAAGUCCCUUUCAGCUUAAUGGACUUCAGUCAAGAGAUGUAUAAGUUUGCACAAUAAAUUGUAGUUCAGUGUGAUUCCAGUUUAUUUCAUUUUUUAAUGUUCCUUUAAGACAAUUAACUGGAGAAUUGCUUUUGGGUUCAUCUAUUUUGUGCUCUAUUCAACCGAUCUGUGUCUUUAUUUAUUAAACAAAUUUACCACAGUUCCAAUCUUUAAUAUAUUUAUCAUAUUCAAAUGUUGGCCCUCUAUUCAUUGUAUAGUUCCUCUACUUCAGUAAUAGGAUAGUGUCAUCUGUGUUAUUAAAAAGUGGGAGAGCAUAAGGAACUGAAAAUAAAUUUAUGCAAUAAGUGUACACUUUUGAAUACUUUCAUUUAACUGGAAUUUUAAGUGCAGAACUUUUCUGUAACUGCUACUUUAAUUUUAUAGUUUUCACAGAAUUAUAUGGCUUAUAGGUUGAUGAUAGCUCUCUACUCUACCCAAAAUUAUUCAACAUAUUAUACCAGUAGCACCAUAACCAUUUCAUCAGGGUUUACUUUUCACUUUUACUUUCAACAUUUUUUAAAUGUUAGUUUAUUUAUAGGCCACCCAAAGUUGUUUAGGAGCUGGACAGCCUAUAAAUUAAGUAAAAUAAAUGUUAAAUAGUAAAAUAAGCACUGAUGAAGUGAUUAUAGUGUUACUCGUAUAACCCUCUUCCCCAACCCAGUUCCCUCCAGAUACUUAAAAGUUGAAUUCCUAUAGUCCUCCUUAUAUGGAGGUCAUAAUCCAGCAUAUCUAGAAGGCAUUGGACUAGGAAGGAUUGUAGUUGUAUAGGAAUGGAACCCAUAUUUUGCAUAUACUGCCUGAAUCUUUCUCAGUGCCCUACAGAAAACAGAAUGACAGAAGAUUUGCUAAGUAUACUGAGAAAUACCUAGUAUUCUUUUAAAAUGUAAAAAAUACAACUCUACACUACCCCUGUAGUGUUUUUUUUUUUAUUAUGCUAGAAUGCUGCCCACACCAAAAUCUUGGCUGCCAAAACUUAAUGUUAAAAAAACCUGAAAAUUUGGCCAUCCCUUUUGGAGAACUUGGUUACAAAGGGGAUCUGCAGUCCUGCCCUAAACAUGCCUAAUAAUUAUUGAAUCGAAUGUGUCUUUCUAGUAAAGGAUUGUAGUCUUUGUUUUAUAACUUGAAAAGUCUUAAACUGUACAAUCAUGCCUAAAUUAUUAACAAUCUUUUGCUAUAGUUCAUAUUAUUAAUAUGGCUUUUUGAAAUAAUGGUAAUUGAUUGUAUACAUUCUGAAGUUUGUCAGAACAGUCCAACUUACAGUGAUUUAUUUCUCUAGGAAAUUGAUAACUUCUUAGUGUUUAGUGAUAUAAUUUCUAGUACCUAUACAGAUAGGAUCCAGAGUUCACCUCCCAAGAGCGAAAUUCUUUCAUAGAAGGCAUCUGAUCCAAAAGAAGGAACUUGCUAAUGAAUUGAGAGAUCAAUUUUGUUGAUUUCCCCUUGCAACCACUUUAAAUCUGUACCAGAAAGAUUGGGAGUCUUCAGAAUAGUUUGGGUGGAGUGACUGGGGGCUGAUAGGGAAGGGACUUGAUGAAAAUUGCUUCUCUGCAGAUGAAAGCAUUAUGAGCAAAAGUCUGUUCAAGGGAUGCUACUGCUGGUAAAUUCUGGAUCCUGUCUUGUAUGUUCUAAGAUAGUUUGUAUGCCAUAUAGUAAACAGUUAAAAUAUUGUAACUGCUGCUCUUAGGAAAGCUGAAACCAAAUUUCUUCUGCAGGAAUUCCAUGGAUAUUGAACAUUCCUUUAUGUUUUGAUUUCUUGGUGUCUUUUGAAACCAACUGAUUUAAUUUGAAGGUUUUCAUAUCUUUAUUUUCAUAGAAAGAUUUUCUUUUUAAUUUUUGCCAGGGGGAGUGUAAUCUGAUUGCCAAUAAAAAUUCUAUUAUGAUAA